AACCCAGCUUCGUCACGUGACCUCUGGUAAUGCCUGUUUUCGAGCGGGCGGGGGCUCGGUGACGAAUUUAAUGAAUCAGCAGAGGUCUUGAAGUUUCUUGGAAAUAAUUGUUGAAACUUUUCGGCUUCGUCUUACAUUUAGUGAACGACAUUUUGGAUAACUUUACUUAUUAACAGGAUUCAAACAACUAAAGGAAGUUACGAAUAUACCGUAUAUUUUCUUCAAAAUGGCGGACGAUCCGUAUGCAGGUGUGAGCGCACAAGAGUUGCAAUAUUUGGCCGUGGACAGAAACAAAAUCAAUGAUCCCAUGGUACAAGCAGAAUGGGCUUCCAAAAAACUCAUAUGGAUACCCCACGAAGUACAUGGCUUUUGUGCUGCCAGCAUUGUAAGCGACCAUGGGGAUGAGGUAGAAGUGGUGGUGGAAGAAACUGGGAAACGUGUGAGGGUUCACAGAGACGAUUGCCAAAAAAUGAAUCCUCCUAAAUUCAAUAAAGUGGAGGACAUGGCAGAACUAACUUGUCUUAACGAAGCAUCUGUUCUACACAAUUUGAAAGAUCGAUAUUUUUCUGGUUUAAUAUAUACUUACUCUGGACUAUUCUGUGUGGUGGUGAACCCUUACAAGAGACUCCCAAUCUAUACAGACAAAGUUGUAGAACUUUAUAAAGGAAAGAAAAGACAUGAAGUCCCACCACAUGUAUUUGCAAUUACUGACACAGCUUACAGGAGUAUGCUGCAAGAUCGAGAGGACCAGUCUAUUCUCUGCACUGGAGAAUCAGGUGCAGGAAAAACAGAAAACACCAAAAAAGUGAUCCAGUACUUGGCAUAUGUUGCUGCCUCUUCCCGAACCAAUCGCUCAUCCGUGUCCAACCUGCAUGUAACGAGCAAAGACAUCAAUCUUGGGGAGCUGGAGAAUCAGUUGCUGCAAGCCAAUCCUAUUCUGGAAGCCUUUGGAAAUGCCAAGACUAUCAAGAAUGACAACUCUUCCAGAUUUGGAAAAUUCAUAAGAAUCAACUUUGAUUCCUCAGGAUACAUAUCAGGAGCCAACAUUGAGACAUAUCUUCUAGAAAAGUCAAGAGCUGUAAGGCAGGCAGAAAAUGAAAGAUGUUUUCAUAUUUUUUACCAGUUCUUUGCUGGUGCAACAGCUGAUCAGAGAAAGGAGUUUCUAUUGGAUGACAUCAGAAACUAUCGCUUUUUAUCGGGAGGUAGAAUUCCUGUAAAUGGGGUUGACGAUGGUGCAGAAUUUCGGGCCACUGCGGAAGCCAUGACCAUUAUGGGCAUUGGUCCAGAGGAACAGGCUGCCAUUUUGAGAGUGGUGUCAUCUGUUCUUAUGUUUGGAAAUAUGCAGUUUAAGCAGGAGAGUAGGAAUUCAGAUCAAGCAUCAAUGCCAGAUGACACGGUUGCCCAAAAAGUUUGUCAUCUUCUGGGUGUGCCAGUGACUGCUGUUGUUCAAGCUUUCCUGAGACCAAGAAUCAAAGUGGGGAGGGACUACGUCACAAAGGCACAGACCAAGGAACAGGUGGAGUUUUCUGUUGAAGCCAUUUCUAAAGCUCUGUAUGAAAGAAUGUUCAGAUGGCUGGUGACAAGAAUCAAUAGAUCUUUGGACAGAACCAAGAGACAGGGGGCAUCUUUUAUUGGAAUUCUGGAUAUUGCUGGAUUUGAAAUUUUCAAGUCAAGUGAGGGCAAGAUGAAUUCAUUUGAGCAAUUGUGCAUCAACUACACAAAUGAGAAACUGCAGCAGCUGUUCAAUCACACCAUGUUUAUUCUGGAGCAAGAGGAAUACCAAAGGGAGGGAAUUGAAUGGAAAUUUAUUGAUUUUGGACUAGAUCUUCAGCCUACCAUUGACCUUUUAGAGAAACCAUUAGGUAUUCUAGCACUUUUGGAUGAGGAAUGCUGGUUCCCGAAAGCCACAGAUAAAACUUUCAUUGACAAAGUUAUUGCACAACAUUCCACACAUCCCAAAUUUAGGAAGCCUGACUUUCGAGCUGAUGCUGAUUUUAGCCUUAUUCAUUAUGCUGGCCAGGUGGACUACUCAGCAAGCCAAUGGUUAAUGAAGAAUAUGGAUCCUUUGAAUGAAAAUGUAGUGUCUCUGAUGCAGAACUCGUCCGACUCCUUUGUUGCAGCAAUAUGGAAAGAUGCUGAAAUUGUUGGAAUGGGGGCCACAGCUGGCGGAGAUACCAUGUUUGGAUCUCGAACAAGGAAGGGGAUGUUUAGGACUGUUGGUCAGCUCUACAAGGAACAGUUAUCCAAGCUCAUGGCUACACUACGCAACACCAACCCUAACUUUGUCAGAUGUAUCAUUCCAAAUCAUGAGAAAAAGGCUGGCAAGAUUGACUCUCCUCUGGUGCUGGAGCAGCUGAGAUGUAAUGGUGUAUUGGAAGGAAUUAGAAUCUGUAGACAAGGGUUUCCCAACAGAAUUCUCUUCCAAGAAUUCCGUCAGAGAUAUGAAAUUCUCUGUCCAAACUGCAUUCCUAAAGGAUUCAUGGAUGGAAAGAAGGCUGUAGAAAGAAUGAUUGCAGCUCUAGAACUUGAUCCAAACUUGUACCGUGUUGGUCAGAGCAAGAUAUUUUUCCGAGCUGGUGUACUUGCUCAUUUGGAGGAGGAAAGAGAUCUCAAAUUGACAGAUGUAAUUAUACAGUUCCAGUCACUGUGCAGAGGCUUAUUAGCAAGGAGAAAUUAUCAAAGGCGAUUACAGCAGCUUAGCGCAAUCCGAGUUAUUCAAAGAAAUUGUGCAGCCUACCUUAAACUUCGCAAUUGGGCAUGGUGGAGACUAUUUACAAAGGUAAAACCACUUUUGCCUGUUACUGGACAAGAAGAAAAGAUAACUCAGAAAGAGAAAGAACUUGAGAAGUAUAAGGAAAGCUAUGAGAAGACAAAGUCUGAUUAUGAGGAAAUAGAGCGUCGCUAUGCCCAGAUUAUUGAGGAGAAAUCAAUCCUGGCAGAGCAGGUUCAGGCCAGUGAGGAAGUGGCAGCCGAGGCAGAGGAGGCCAGGCGACGUAUAGGAGCAAAGAAGGAUGAAUUGGAAGAAAUUCUUCAUGAAAUGGAGAUCAGAAUUGAGGAAGAAGAGGAAAAAUGCAAUCAACUCAUCGACGAACGAAAAAAAUUCCAGCAAACAAUCACAGAUUUGGAAGAUCAACUAGAAGAUGAAGAACAAGCAAGACAGAAAUUACAAUUAGAAAAAGUCUCAGCAGAAUCUAAAAUUAAAAAGUUAGAAGAAGAUUUAGCUGUUCAGGAUGAUAGUAAUCAGAAAUUAGUGAAAGAAAAACGCAGUCUGGAAGAACGUUAUAAUGAAGUGCAGAGUCAGCUUGUAGAGGAAGAAGAGAAAGCUAAACAGCUAGGAAAACUGAAAAAUAAAUAUGAAGCUAUUAUAGCUGACUUAGAGGAGCGUUUAAGAAAAGAAACACAGGCUCGUCAAGAACUUGAAAAAAUUAAAAGACGCCUUGAGACAGAGUUAAAUGACCUGCGAGAACAACUUUUGGAGAAAAGACAGCAAGUUGAAGAACUUCAGGGCAUUUUGUCCAAACGUGAAGAAGAAGUACAGUUCACUCUUCAAAAAGUUGAAGAGGAAGGAGCUGCAAAAAGUACAUUCCAAAAACAACUUAGAGAUCUCCAGACUCAAAUGCAAGAGUUACAGGAAGAUUUAGAUGCUGAAAAGGAAGCCAGAAAUAAGGCUGAAAAAUUGAAAAGGGAUUUGAAUGAGGAACUGGAGGCAUUAAAAACUGAGUUGGAAGAAAAUCUAGAUGCAACGGCAGCUGUCCAAGACAUCAGGGCCAAAAGGGAGGAUGAACUUCGUGAUCUCAAACAAGCUCUACAGACCAGUCAGAAACAGUAUGAAUCCACUGUACAUGACGUUAAACAUAAAUACCAACAGCAGCUAGAUCAGCUUAAUGAGGACUUGGACAAUGUAAAAAAGAAUAAACAACUAUUAGAGAAGACGAAGCAGACACUGGAGGCAGAGAAUCAAGAUUUGUGUAAUGAUCUGAAAUCUGUCCAAAUGGCCAAAACAGAAUCUGAAAGAAAAAGGAAGCAGACUGAGCAGCAUCUUCAGGAAGCAUCCAUUAAGCUUCAGGAAACUGAGCGUAGCAGAGCUGAAGCAGCUGAUAAGGCUUCCAAGCUUAGUCUUGAAUUAGAAUCAGUUAGUAAACAGCUGGAGCAAGCAGAAACCAAAAACAUUCAAAUGACACAGAAGGUCAGCUCCUUAGAAGCACAGCUUGUGGAUGCUCAGGAAUUAAUAAAUGAUGAGACAAAAGCUAAGUUAAUGGCCCAGUCCAAGCUUAGACAAACCACCGAUGACAUUUCCUCGCUAAAUGAACGCAUUGAAGAAGAGGAGGAAAACAAAAGGCAGCUGGAAAAGCAAAUAGCAGAACUGCAAAACAAGUUUGGAGAAUUGCGGAAAAAAUCUGAGGAGGAUGCCCAUAAUCUGGAGACUGCUGAAGAGCAGAGAAAGAAACUAGCACGAGAAGUGGAUGCGUUAACAGUUAGACUGGAGGAAACCGUGGCAGCAGCUGACAAAUUGGAGAAGUCCAAGAAGAAGCUACAGGCAGAGGUUGAAGAUCUGACAGUAGAAUUAGAAACCCAAAAGUCUGCUGCUUCAAACAUGGAGAAAAAACAGAAGAAAUUCGAUCAAAUGCUCUCUGAUGAGAAAGCUGUUUCACAAAGGUUAGCUAAUGAACGAGAUAAUGCAGAGAGAGAGUCUCGGGAAAAAGAGACCAAAAUCCUGAACCUUCAGAGAGAACUGGAGGAAAUGAGAGAGAUGUAUGAGAAGGCAGAAAAGGGUAGACUAGCUUCUCAGCGCGAGCUCGAGGACCUUGUAUCAACAAGCUCAGAUGUAGGAAAGAAUGUACACGAGUUGGAGAAAGCCAAGAGAACACUGGAAAGUCAGGUUGAGGAGCAGAGAAAUACCAUUGAGGAGCUGGAGGAUGAGCUUCAGUGUUCUGAGGAUGCCAAGCUGAGGCUGGAGGUCAACAUGCAGGCACUUAAGACUCAGCUGGAGAGAGAGCUCCAAGGCAAAGAGGAGGCAGUGGAAGAUCAGAAGAAACUUCUCCUUAGACAGCUGAGAGACAUGGAAGCUGAACUUGAGGAUGAAAGGAAACAGAAAGCAAUAGCAGUAAAUGGACGCAAGAAACUUGAAAAUGAUUUGAAAGAUUUUAUGCAGCAAGUUGAAAUGGCAAACAAAGUGAAAGACGAUGCUGUAAAACAGCUUCGUCGAAUUCAGGCACAAAUGAAGGAAAACCAGCGAGAGUUGGAUGAAGCACGGUUAGCCAGAGAGGAAAUGCAAGGUACAGUGAAGGAAAAUGAACGCAAGAUAAAAAGUUUAGAUGCUGAGAUUCUUCAGCUACAAGAGGACCUGGCAGCAGCAGAAAAAGCUAAGCGUAAUGCUGAGGCGGAGAGAGAUGAGCUGCAGGAUGAACUCAGUAGCUUCACAACUGGAAAGUCUGCUUUGUUGGAGGAAAAGAGAAGAAUGGAGGCCAGGCUUCAACAACUGGAAGAGGAGCUGGAGGAGGAACAGAGCAAUAGUGAAAUGUUGAAUGAUAAAGCCCGCAAAGCAAUGAACCAGGUAGAACAGCUGACUACAGAACUAAACACAGAGAGGUCCCUAACACAGAAGAUGGAGAAUCAAAGAUCAACACUGGAGAGACAAAACAAGGAAUUGAAAGAGAAACUAGCUGAACUAGAGAACCAGAUUAGAACUCGAACUAAGGCCACCAUUGCAGCUCUGGAGGGCAAGGUGGCUAAUCUAGAGGAGCAGCUAGAUGUAGAGACCAAGGAGAGAACUCAGCUUCAAAGACUGUUAAGGAGACAGGAUAAGAAACUGAAGGACUUUGCUAUUCAGGCAGAAGAUGAGCGCCGCCAUGCUGAUCAGUACAAGGAACAGGUUGAAAAGAUGAACAAUCGUGUUAAGGCUUUGAAGAGACAGAUAGAUGAAGCAGAAGAGGAAAUCACUCGAGUGAAUGCACAGAAAAGGAAACUACAGCGAGAUCUGGAUGAGCAAAUGGAACAGAAUGAGUCAGCGUCCAGGGAGAUCUCUUCCUUAAAGAAAUACAGUAGUUACCAACAUCAGCCGACUGAUUCUGACUGACCUAGUGCCACUGCGCGGCCAACACGUUCCAUGCUGUCAUCAAUGAGGACGGAGCUGGGAGAGGAGGAGGUCAGUGCGGACGAGAAUCCAGAAAACUCGGAGGCUUAGUCUUCUCAUAUAAACUAUUGUAUCAAAGGAGUCUUCCUCUCUGUAUUAACAAUACCUUUCUCUCUACCCCAUGUAAGGAAUCAUUGUUUCUAUGUUAAUGUGUAGUAGCUGUGUAUAAUCUCUUUAUUCAUUAAGAUAUUAAUUUGUUGCCCAGUAAUGCUGAAUUAUAUAUGUUGAAUAUGGGAACAUUUUUUUCCUUUUUUUUUUUUUUGGCUUUUUUAUUAAAUCAGUUAUAUUUUAAAAGGACAUUUUAUUCUCUAUUAAAAAUUCAUAGGCUUGGCAAAACAUAACUGUAGAAGCGUCAUUUUUCACAAACACUCUUAUGUCAGCUUAUGUAUGUCUUAGUGCUAUCAUGAUGUGCCGUUGUGUAAUCUCAAGUGCUGAAAGCCAGUAAGAUAAUGUCAAUGUUUUCUCAUUUUUUAUCACAAACAAAUGAACUUGCAAGGACCAAAUGUUAGUCAUGGACGUGUUUAUAAUUAGUUAUAGUGUAUGUGUCAUGAACAAAUUUUUUUUUGUCAUUUAUGUCAAUCUUUUCCAGUUUAUCAUAUGCUUGACAAAUUCCAUUGUGGCUUCUUAUAUAACAAUGUGAUAUAUAUAUAUAUAAAACAUGGAUAUUUUUCAUCCAUAAUUUCCUUUGUAUUUGAUAUAUUUUUUACAUAGCUGUGAUUGGAAUUUAGCCUUAUAACAAAUAUGUAAUGCACCAGCAAUUUGAAAUGGAGAUAUCUCCUAAGACAACUUGUAACAAAAAAUUAAUUCUUCUAAAAUGAUAAACAAAACCUCUGAACAUUGGCAAUAGCAGUUUAGUCAUAUGCUUAUAGCUAGCUAUCAAAAUAUAUUAUUAAAAUUAUGGUGAAAGCUUUGCUAUAUGGAAGCAUUUAAUAAAAUUACCAAUAAAAUA